UAAUGCACCACAACUUAAUAUCGUUAUCUUUAGAAAUUGUAUUACAGGUGCUGUUAUGAAUAAUGUGAUCAGAGAGUGCUUAAAUAGAAGAGUAAAGUUGGAAUUACAGCAGCUGGGUUUCUUUGGUACUGAUCUAAGUGACAUUGAUGGUUCUUCAUUUGCAUCCUUAUUCAUUUCACCAAAACUAAAUAUACUUGGCAUGUAUAAUUGUAGUUUAUCAAGUGUUAUUCUGAAUGAUAUGAUUGAAGAAUGUUCUAGUAGAGGAGUCAAGUUGGAAUUAAAGUUGCUAGCUAUCAGUGAUAAUAAUCUCAGUAACAUUGAUGGGUCUUCAUUUGCAUCCUUAUUCAUUACGUCUAAACUGUGUAAACUUGGCAUGAAUAAUUGCAGUUUAUCAGGCGUUACUAUGAAUGAUAUGAUUAGAGAGUGUUCUAGCAGAGGAGUCGAGUUGGAAUUAGUGGAGCUUUAUGUCAGUGGUAAUAAUCUCAGUAACCUUGAUGGGUCUUCAUUUGCAUCCUUAUUCAUUACGUCUAAACUGAGUAAACUGGUCAUGAAUAACUGUAAUCUAUCAUGUGUGGUUAUGAACGAUGUGAUUAGAGUGUGUUCUAGCAGAGGAGUCAAGUUGGAAUUAGUGGAGCUUUAUGUCAGUGGUAAUAAUCUCAGUAACAUUGAUGGGUCUUCAUUUGCAUCCUUAUUCAUUACUUCUAAACUGAGUAAACUGGUCAUGAAUAACUGUAAUCUAUCAUGUGUGGUUAUGAACGAUAUGAUUAGAGAGUGUUCUAGCAGAGGAGUCGAGUUGGAAUUAGAGGAGCUUUAUGUCAUUGGUAAUAAUCUCAGUAACAUUGAUGGGGCUUCAUUUGCAUCCUUAUUCAUUACGUCUAAACUGAAUAUGCUUGGCAUGAACAAUUGCAGUUUAUCAGGCGUUAUUAUGAAUGAUAUGAUUAGAGAGUGUUCUAGCAGAGGAGUCGAGUUGGAAUUAGUGGAGCUUUAUGUCAGUGAUAAUAAUCUCAGUAACAUUGAUGGGGCUUCAUUUGCAUCCUUAUUCAUUACUUCUAAACUGAGUAAACUGUUCAUGUAUGACUGUAAUCUAUCAUGUGUGGUUAUGAACGAUAUGAUUAGAGAGUGUUCUAGCAGAGGAGUCAAGUUGGAAUUAGAGUUGCUAGCUAUCAAUGAUAAUAAUCUCAGUAACAUUGAUGGGUCUUCAUUUGCAUCCUUAUUCAUUACUUCUAAACUGAGUGAACUGUUCAUGUAUAACUGUAAUCUAUCAUGUGUGGUUAUGAACGAUAUGAUUAGAGAGUGUUCUAGCAGAGGAAUCAAGUUGGAAUUAGAGUUGCCAGCUAUCAAUGAUAAUAAUCUCAGUCACAUUGAUGGGGCUUCAUUUGCAUAAUUAUUCAUUACGUCUAAACUGAAUAUGCUUGGCAUGAAUAAUUGCAGUUUAUCAGGCGUUACUAUGAAUGAUAUGAUUAGAGAGUGUUUUAACAGAGGAGUCAAGUUGGAAUUAGUGGAGCUUAGUGUCAGUGGUAUUAAUCUCAGUAACACUGAUGGGUCUUCAUUUGCAUCCUUAUUCAUUACUUCUAAACUGAGUAAACUGUUCAUGUAUAACUGUAAUCUAUCAUGUGUGGUUAUGAACGAUAUGAUUAGAGAGUGUUCUAGCAGAGGAGUCGAGUUGGAAUUAGUGGAGCUUAUAUGACAGUGGUAAUAAUCUCAGUAACAUUGAUGGGUCUUUAUUUGCAUCCUUAUUCAUUACGUCUAAACUGAAUAUGCUUGGCAUGAAUAAUUGCAGUUUAUCAGGCGUUACUAUGAAUGAUAUGAUUAGAGAGUGUUCUAGCAGAGGAGUCGAGUUGGAAUUAGUGGAGCUUUAUGUCAGUGGUAAUAAACUCAGUAACAUUGAUGGGUCUUCAUUUGCAUCCUUAUUCAUUACGUCUAAACUGAGUAAACUGGUCAUGAAUAACUGUAAUCUAUCAUGUGUGGUUAUGAACGAUAUGAUUAGAGAGUGUUCUAGCAGAGGAGUCGAGUUGGAAUUAGAGGAGCUUUAUGUCAGUGGUAAUAAUCUCAGUAACAUUGAUGGGGCUUCAU